AUGCCGCGGCGACUGUGGCUACAGGGCGGAAUAGACGUGGCGGGGGGCGAGGGCGUGUGGGAGGCGGGGCUGCGGGAGCUGGAGGAGGAGACAGGCAUAGCGCCGCGCUCCGUGCUGCGCGUGGGCGAGAUGCCCGAGUGGCUGUGCUACCGCUACCCUCCUGCAGUCAUUCCACGCCUAGCUCAGCGGCUGCUGAUGCGCUUUGAGGGGAGCGACUCAGAGGUGUGUCUCGAGGGGCUGGGGGGAGAGGCUGCCGAGUUUGGAGCGUGGCAGUGGGUGCCUGCGCCUCAAGUCAUUGCAAUGGUUAGUGCUCACGUGGCAUGGUGA